AUGGCUGUGGGCCCUCGAGCCUCCAAGGAAGAGUUUAUGCAAGCCCUAGGCUUGAACUCGCAUGAUCCGCAGCAUGAGCAGUAUUAUCGUGCAAUGAGGGACGAAGCAAUCCUAACCUACAACCACCUCAACGAAGACCGCUCCAACCUCCUGGACAGCGUCGCCGCCGACCCCUCCACCAAACCCCCGUACUUCUGGCACCACAUCCGCCCCGAGCGACAACGGUGGGGGAUCCUCGAGAUCGCCCGGAACGCGGGUCCAUUGACCCGCCCGCUGUUCGCUCGCGGGGCGGUCGUCACCUCCGCCGCCUCUCCGACCAAUACCACCACCGGGGGUGCGGCUGCCACAGGCCCAGGAGGAGGAGCAGCGGGAGCAGCAGGAGGAGACACAACCGGCGGCGGCGACGGCGGCGGCGAGUACGGACCCAACUGGGUGGCGGGGUGGUUGCUGUACAGCGUGUUUCGGUCCCGGGAUGUGCGGAAUAAUCGCAAUCGCAGGCGCGGAGAGGAAAGGGGUCGCUCAAAGUCGCCACAGAGACAACCACAACCGCAGAGUCAGACGAACAGCGGUGUCUCGGGCAAGAAGGAAUAUUAUGAUCCGGUGCGGAACGGGUGA